GCCUCCUCCCGAUUGCUUGCGCAGGCUUCGCGCUUCCUCACUCCUGGCGCCCCUACUGGUCUUACUGGAGUCUUGACCCAUGCCGCCCCUCGCUCCACCCUCCUCUACCUCUACAACUCGACCCUGGACAAGCUGAAGCAGUUCCCCGAGCACUCCGUCUACCGCCAAUCCGUCGAAGCUCUUACCAAGCACCGUCUGUCAAUCGUCGAGUCUGUCAAGCCCGAGGGCCUCGAGGAAUGGCAAUCUCGCGUCAAGAGCGUCGUCGAAGCCCACCCCAACGCCUUCCGUUCAAUCGCAUCAUCCACCAGCAAGAACGAGGUCAACAUUGUCUACAAUGAGACUGCCCUCAAGGGUAUGGAGACCGAGGACUACGAGGAUGAGCCCAUCCAGAAGCAAGAGCCUGAAGGCCCCAGAAUGCGUGCGCACAAGGCCCACCAGGAGGAAUCUUUCAUGGCAGACCCCCAAGCAGACAACGAGAUGAUUCCUCGCAUUGAGCCUGAGCCUCCUCUUACCGCCGAGCAGGUCGACACCAUCGAGCAACAGAUCCAGGCUGGCCUGAUCGAGGAGAUCAUCCUCGUCGCAGAGGCCGAGUCCGCCCUCGUCGACGACAUGUACAAGAGCAAGGUCUGGGAGGAUCUUGAGGAGUCCCCCAACCAGGGCCAAUGGGCGUACUACGAGCGCGAUACCCACACACCCAAGACCCAGGCACACAAC